AUGGCACCUUCUAUAUCAUCUUCCACCACGCACUAUGCACUUGUCAUUGAUGCAGGAUCAUCUGGAUCUAGGUUACAGAUAUACUCAUGGCGAGACCCAGAUCUAGAGAGAGCAGAGAUUUUACAGGAAGUCUCGUAUGCUCAACAAGUUCCGGAGAAGAUUGGUAAAUCCAGAUGGUGGUGGAAUAGUAGUCUGUUCGGUAAAGGAAAAGGAAAAGGAAAAGGGAAGGAGGUAGAGAAUGUCGCGCUGAGGAGGUUGGUGAGAGUCGGAAAGGGCGUUGAAGGUGAUGAUUGGGUGAAAAGAGUUGAACCUGGUAUUUCAACCGUCUCUCCAAAGGAUAUACCAAAUUACCUUGCCCCCCUUCUAUCACACGCACUACGGCAUAUCCCCCCAUCUCAACAUCAUUCCACGCCAAUCUACAUCCUCGCUACAGCCGGUAUGCGACUCUUACCUGAAAAUACACGCGAAGGGAUCCUCCAAGCAUCAUGUGAUCUGAUAAAGAAUGAAUAUCCUUUCAAGGUCGAUGGACCAUCUUCUGCUGGACCUUGCGGAGAGAAUAUACGUGUGAUAUCAGGAGAGGAAGAAGGAAUGUGGGGUUGGGUAGCUGUCAAUUACCUAAUGGAUGGAUUCGCUCCUCCUAAUUCCAUAUCCGACAGUGUCACCCCCGUUGACGUAUCUCACCAUUCACCGACAUUUGGAUUUUUAGAUAUGGGAGGUGCAUCCACACAGUUGGCAUUCUCACCCUCUCCACACGAGAUACUCCAGUCUGGAUAUCCCGAAGAUAAUUUGCGGAAGGUCAGUUUGAGAUUGUUAUCUGGAGAAGUGGUCGAAUGGCCCGUAUUUGUCGCAUCGUGGUUAGGCUUCGGUACGAACAGAGCCAGAGAGCGAUAUGCGGAAUACUUGAUCGAAAAUUGGAAGAAAGCCAAUCCGACUUUGGAAUUAAGUGGAACAGGAUUAGAUAAACCUAUUGAAGAUCCUUGUUUACCUAAAGAUCUAGAAUUAACGACUACCACUGGUACUGAAGAGGCAAAGUUCAAAGGAACUGGAUCAUUCUCUGAAUGUUUGUUGAACUUAACUCCAUUGUUGGAGCAUUCCAAACCUUGUCCAACGAAUCAUUGUCUAUUUGCUGGAUUACCGACCCCACAUAUAGACUUUACGAAAGAUGAUCAAAGGGGUUUCAUAGGGAUAAGUGAAUAUUGGUAUACCGCCCAACAGGUUUUGGGUCUAGGUGGAAUUUGGGAUUGGGGUGAAUGGGAGAAAGGGAUGAACGAUUUUUGUAUGAGGGAUUGGAAAGAUAUUGAGGGACAGGUGGAGAAAGAGAAUGGAUGGAGGGGUUCGGAGGCCGACCUGUCACGUCUUCAGAUGCAAUGUUUCAAAGGUGCAUGGAUCUCUAACGUCCUUCACGAAGGUAUCGGUAUACCCCGUUUAGUCGAUGCAGGGGGUAACAACACUCUCACAGGAGGUGAGGUGGGAGAAACCAAUGAAGAAGCCGAAAGACGUGCGAGGGAAAAAGGAUUAUUUGAGAAUGGUAGUAAAACGCAUUUUCAAUCGAUGGAUGAAAUUGGUGAAACUGCCAUUUCAUGGACAUUAGGUAAAAUGGUUAUCGAAGCUUCCAAAGCUGUUAAACCUAGAUCUUCGACAAUUGAAAAUGCUUGGAUCAACAAAAUAAGCCAUAAUAUCCCAUUACCAUUAAUUGGCCUGGAAAGCAAAUUGCAGAAAAUCGGUAUACAAACACUUUGGGCCUAUGGAUUUGUAUCGUUCUUCAUCCUUGCCUGUCUAUUCAAUUGCUUCAGAAGGAAAUUCUAUAACUACUCAAGUACGACUGGUGGGAAAAGGGGUAGGAAUAGGAAACCUAGUAUUUCGGAUUACGAUCGAUCGUUAGAAGAUGGUUUCAUAUCUGAUUCGUCAAUUUCUCUGAACCCUACUUCGUCGGGUGGAUCAGGGAGGACGAGGUAUAAGACUGGAUCAGGUAAAUUAAGAUUAUGGACUUUGAGAAUAGGUAAUUCGAUAAGAAGGAAUAUACCAUUUGGAAAUUCUCAUAAUGGAAAUGGAAGAAGGAACGGUAAUGGUUUCUUACCAAGACAUAAUUCGAUGCCAUUACCUUUAUCGAAUUUCUCUUCCUCGGACAGCUCACAACCUCCUUCACCCACUCCUAAUGGUAACAACAAUGGGUUCUUCGUUCCUGCCAAUAUCAUCAGACCUAAUUCUACUGGACCAACUUCAGAUAAUGGAUUAGGAUUAGGUCUGGGUUCAUCAACUUCACCUAAUCUGAAUGGUUCCCUCAAUCCUACUUCUCCACCUAGUAGGAAAUCUACUUCCAGAUCAGGUAAACCUCGACAAAUAUCAAGUAACUUGUUACUCUCAUCUUCAUGGGAGAAGUCAUCGAAUGGUGGAGGAUGGAAUGAUCCGCCUCCUGGAUUAUUCGAUGAUUCACCAGCGGGAAAUUCGAGAUCAAGGGAAUCAAGUUUGGCUUUGGCGGCUUCUUCUUCUUCUACUACCACGCCUAAUGCGAAUUAUUCUUCUUCAACUACGGCUAAUGCCAUAUCGAGGAAUUCAUCAAGGGUUAACCUUAGUGAACUUGGACUGGCACAGAGGAGUUUGAGUAGAGCAGGUACACCGGGUUUUGAUAAUGAUCAUUGA